AUGGCCAUCGGCAUGAUCGCUCUCGUUGUUGUGAGCGUAGUGACGCUCUGGUUCUAUGCCAACUACAUCUACGACGAGGAUGCCGCUCGCGCUUUGACAGCCCGCAAGAAACCUGUUUCGACUGAGAUUGUUUCUUUGCGCAUCUACCCCAUCAAGUCAUGCCGUGGUAUCGAAGUGCAGGAUACCAAACUUCACAAGACUGGACUGGACUUAGACCGCCAUUGGAUGUUCGUCGACGCAAAGAGCCGCCAAUUCCUGACAAUUCGCUCGGAUCCUUCCAUGACUCUGAUUGAUACCGGCCUCAGCGGCGAUGGAAAGAGCAAGUGGACAGACUUGCAUAUCAGCAUCCACGACACCGACAAGCAUAUCAAGAUACCUUGCUACCCCACUAGUGAAUGGUUGGAAGAGAACACCAAGCUCACCAAGGUCGAGAUCUGGGGCGAGAGCACUGAUGGCUGGGAGUACAGCGAUGAGAUCAACUCGAUGUUCAGCGAGUACUUCAAAAAGCCCGUUGCCCUGAUCUACAAGGGUCCCACUCCUAGAAUCGCUCGUGGCAAUGCCACCCCUGAACUAUACGGCAAGGAGCAAGAGCAUCACUUUGCCGAUCUCAUGAGCGUCCAAGUCGCUUCAGAGGCUUCCCUGACCGACCUCAACUCCAGACUCGAAGCUGCUGGCCACGACAAGCUCACCAUCGAACGCUUCAGACCCAACAUCAUCGUCAAGGGAGACAAGCCUUGGGACGAGGACAGCUGGAAGAAGGUGUGCAUUCGUACUACUGAUCACCAGCGUGAGGCCAUCUGGAAGACCCACCUUGACGUCUUGUGCCACUGUGCUCGCUGCCAGGUGCCCAACGUCAACCCCGACACGGCCGAGAAGCACGCUCACGAGCCUUGGGACACACUCAUGAAGUUCAGACGUAUCGACCAGGGUGGAGUGGCCAAGUACAAGCCUUGCUUUGGUAUGCUGUGCGUUCCCACAAGCGAAGGACCGAUUGCUGUGGGUGCUGCCCUCGAGGUCUUGGAACGCACAGACAAGCAUUUGUAUAACACGUCCAAAUUCGAGGAUCUAUAG